AUGGUCGCGGCAACCCUGUUCAUACUUUUAGCAGCCGUUCAGCUACCUGCCGCCAUGUUGACAACACCGUACAUGUCAACAGUCAUCAGACUGGGAGAGGUUGCCUGCUACAUGCACCCUCUCCCUGAUGAAUACAAGUUGGAAUCCCCCGCUUUUGACAAAAGCCCAGUUGCAUUACCCUGCACCGUAGUCGCCUUGCAAGACCCGAAAUUGAAUCUCGCCCAAGAGCUGCAGUCCGCUUUUGAUGUCUUUGCUCAAGCUGAUGACGUCUGGUCUGCCGACUUUUCAGAAAAUGUCAUCAUUCAGGCGCCAGAGGAUCUCCAUACACUCUCAAAAUCCCAGAAAGUGGCAGCUCAGGAGCUGGGGAUAACCAAUUUGCGUCUGAUACCCGCCAGUCUAGCCCAAAACAAAUUACCUCCAGGGCCCUACUUUGUCCAUUACGGCCGCUUGUACCAGGCCUACCGGCUCUACCCAGAUUCUGCAGGUGCUUUCAUGGUCUCGGCCGUCACGGAUGACGACGAUGGAUUCCGACCGAUUGAUGCGGCAGCUUACGGAGAGCAGUUUCCGUCUGCCCUUACCGUCGCCGUUCCGUCGCGACUUUACUACAACAAAACAGAAACCAAGCCCUACGCAGGCUUGCGACUAGCUAUCAAGGAUAUUAUUGAUGUCAAGGGCCUCAAGACUGGAGCUUCGUCCCGUGCAUACACCGAGUUGCACCCUGUCAGAGAGGAAACGGCCGAAACUUUUGCCGAUUCUGAGUGGCCGACUGGCUGGACUUUUCUCUUGGCGCCGAUACCUUGGGAAGCAUUAGAUCACCAGCUGCUGCCCAUGCCCUCUUCGCGAUGCGUCCCACGCUGGGGGCGACAAGCACAAACGGUGUCGUCCCGUACAGCUCUGUCCAAUAACAGGAAAUGGGAUACGAUUGGCGGCUUCGCCCGGUCGGCCGCAGAGUACCAAGUGCUGGCGCAAGCACUCUACGGAUCAGCAGAGACUGCUAACAAGACUUACGAGAAACCUGUGACGCUAAUCUGCCCAAGUGAUUAUUGGCCGGUCCAGGACGAAGCGAGCCAGGAGGUCUUUGAGACGUUCAUAGUCCGAGUGGAAAAUUUCCUGGGCAUUAAGCGAACCAACAUUCAUCUCGCCGAUACUUGGGAGAAACAUCGUCCCGACGGUGUAGAUGAAUCUCUGAGCGAGUACAUGCACUCGGCUUUCGCGUGGUCCGCAAACCGCGACCAGUGGCUGGGGCUCCUCAAGCCAUUCAUUGAUGAGUAUACAGAGAAGAUGGGCAAGCCUCCCGUUCUCAACCCACAGAUCCGCUUCAAAGUGGAGUACACGCCAACCGUUACAAAGGAACAGCAGGUCGAAGGCGGCCGGCGCCUCAAAGUGUACCACGACUGGUUUUACCAGCACAUCAUGCCUCCCGCUGAAGACGGGCACUCAAGCAGCGUUAUGGUCUUACCCUGGACGACUGGCAAGCCGGAUUAUCGCGAUACAUACAAGGCGGGUCCGCAGCAGUUCACGGGCGAGGGUUUCUUUUUCUACAAUAUCGGCCCAUACGGAAACUGUCCGGAGAUUAUUUUCCCAGCUGGCAGCACACCGUACAUCUCCAAGUACACGGGAAGGGAGGAGCAGCUCCCGGCUGCACUGGGACUCAUAGGUGCCCGGGGUAGCGAUCUAAUGCUCGCUGAUUUUGUUAGCAAGCUUUUUGAAAGCACGGUUCCAGAUUGGGCGGAGUUUGAAUGA